CACAGAGAACGUAAUGACGUAAUAAAGAUGGCGACUGAGGCUGUGGUAGCAGAACUGAGGUUCAGAGACGGACUGAGAAAGAAAAUCACCGUUAAAGUCGAAAAUAAUCUUUCUUCUCUGAUCAGUGGAGUUCAGGAGCUGAACACGAACGUGUCACGGCUUCUCAGCGAGCUGGUGGAGCUGGAAAGCACCUGCGGACAAGGUGAAGCAUGUGGCACAGGUGAGAAAGACGACAGUGAUGAAGGAGAUGAUGCGCCUCAAAGCUCUGACAUACAACCUCCAGCUAAAAGAUCCAAAUGCUGAAACACAUACGGACACUUCACCUCUUACCAGAAGACACAUGAAACACCUGAAGACAUCUCAUUUAAAUACAUUCAGGGGGCAAUAUGUAUAAUAAAUAUUGUACAUGUUUGAUUUCA